AUGAGUCAGAAUAACAAUAAUUAUUACCCACCUCCAAAUUACCCACCAUCGGGACAACCAGAGUAUGGAUCACACAACCAACAGCAGACUUAUGGUUAUGGAGGCGGUGGCAGCGGCGCUGCACACCACAACCAGAAUCAAGAUGGUACAUACUAUGUCAACCCAGAUUUGGAAAACAUGAAGAAUGAAAAACCUCAACCAUCGCAAAACUUUGAUGAGAGUUUCAAGAUUGAAAAACCAAGGUUCAAUGAUUGGCCAUUUGCAAUCUUUUUUUUGCUAACCGUUGCAGGGUUCAUUGCAGUAGCAGGAAUCACCGUAAAUGCAUUGAGAGCCACCUAUGGAGAUCAAGGAAGCGGCAUUUACAACAGCUCCGACUCAUUCACAAUGAAUAGAAAUACCGUCAUCUUGUUUGCAUUUGUUUUGGUACUCUCCAUUGUUAUGUCCGCAUUGGGUAUGAUGUUUAUUCGAGCAUUUGCCAAAACAUUUAUCUACGUUGCUUGCAUCUUGAAUGUCGUGUUAUCCAUUGGUACUGCAAUUUUCUACUUUGUUGAGCACUACUACAGUGCAGCAAUUGUUUUUUUGAUUUUUGGGUUAUUUGCUGCCUUUUGUUACUGGAGAGCACGCAGUAGAAUCCCACUCAGUGCAACAAUCUUGAGGAUUGUGAUUGAUGUAAUGAAACAAUAUCCCUCAACAUUAGUCACGUCGUUUUUUGGCCUUGUGAUUAGUGCAGGCUUUGGAGCAUUGUUUAGUGUUGUUAUUAUCGGAACAUAUGUGAAAUUCAAACCCAAUGCCGACAAUACUGGUUGUGAAGUUGGUGGAGGUUCGUGUAGCCAAGCCAAGUUGGUUGGUGUAUUGGUGUUUGUAUUCUUUGCUGGAUACUACAUCUCGGAAGUGAUCAAGAAUGUUAUUCAUGUUACCAUCUCAGGUAUUUACGGUACCUGGUACUAUUUAGCCAACUCAGACCAAGGUGCUCCAAAACACCCCGCGUUAUCGUCAUUGAAAAGAGCCAUGACCUAUUGUUUUGGCUCCAUUUGUUUUGGUUCGUUGAUUGUUACCAUUAUACAAUUGAUCAAACAACUUCUCAACAUUGUUGCCUCUCAAUUUGUUGACAGUUGGGGCGGACAAUGUGCCAUGCUCAUUGUUAACUUUAUCAUGAGUUUCAUCAACUGGUUGGUGCAAUACUUUAACAAGUAUGCAUACUCAUAUGUCGGUCUUUACGGUAAGUCCUACAUCAGGUCAGCAAAGGAUACAUUUGACUUGUUUAGAUUCAAAGGUAUGGAUGCAUUGGUCAAUGAUAUGUUUAUCAACAAUGCAUUGCAUUUUUACUCAUUGUUUGUGGCUUACUUAUCUUCGCUUUUGGCAUACUUGUAUUUGAAAUUCACCAAGCCUGGCUACAAUGACGAUGGUAACUAUUAUGCCCCCGUUGUUGCAUUCACUUUCUUGAUCUCAAUGCAGAUUUGUAACAUUACCUUGAGUGUUAUCCAAUCUGGUGUGGCUACCUUUUUUGUUUGUUUGGCCAAGGAUCCAGAAGUGUUGCAAAUGUCUCAAAGAGAUGAACUAUUCAACGAGAUUCAAAAGAACUACCCACAAGUAUACCAAAAGAUCACCACUGAUCAUUAA